CUCCGACGGAGCGCCUUUCCGCUUCAGUCGCGCGGGAGCAGCAGAAGCAGAAGCAGAAGCAGAGAGCAAGCAAGGAAGGAAGGAAGCAAGGAGGGCAGAGAUGCUCCCUGCAGCCAAGCAGCUGCUGCGGGGCUGCCCCGGGAGGUGGAGGGCCAUGCCGCCUCCUCUUCCUCGGCCCCUGAGGCUUCUGGUGGCCGCUUUGGCGGAUGGAAAAGGAGGAGAGGGAAGAGCCGGAGCCUGUGCGCGACACCGGGGCAGGUUGUGGCCGAUGCUGUGCCUGAGAGGAACUGGAAUCACAAGACAUCACAACAGAGCCCUUUAUAGCACACUGGUGCCAUCUGAUGUGACCAUAAAUUAUAAAUAUGGACUGCCUGUGAUCACCCUUACGUUGCCCUCAAGGAAGGAACGCUGCCAGUUUACUAUCAAGCCAAUGCGAAUGACUGUGGGAGACUUCUUGCAAGACUUACAGAGGGAGGACAAUGCAAUCGAAAAGGUAGAAGUCUUCACUGCAGAUGGCAAUGUGAUUUCAACUUCAGUGUUGAUGGAAGUUCUGUUGAUGAAUGACUUCAAACUUUGCAUGAAUGGUUCCGAAUAUAACGUACACCCUCCACUGAAAGAUAAAAUAAGCACAGAGCAUGCUACAGAAAUGGAUGAUAUCAAGUCUCUGGUUCACAGAUUAUUUGCAGCACUUCAUUUAGAAGAGUAUCAAAUGAGGAGAGAGAGAGAAUUGAUGCAAAAAAUGGAAGUUCUGAAAGGAGAGCUCCUACCUCUAGAGCAGAUGAAGGCUGGAAUCAAUGCAGCUGUUGACGCCAAGACCUCUCGCCUUCUGUGGAUUGGUUUAGCCUUAAUGUCGACUCAAGGUGGAGCCUUGGCAUGGCUUACCUGGUGGGUGUACUCAUGGGAUAUCAUGGAGCCCGUCACGUAUUUUAUCACCUAUGGAAGUGCCAUGGCGUUCUAUGCUUACUUUGUACUGACUAAGCAGGAUUAUAUUUACCCAGAAAUUCGGGACAGGCAGUUCCUCCACUACUUUCACAAGAAAUCCAAGAAAUCCAAAUUCAAUGUGGACCAGUAUAAUAAAUUAAAAGAAGAUCUUGCACAGGUGGAAGAAUCCUUGAAACGUCUGAAGAAUCCCUUAAAAUUGCAUCUCCCAAUCGAAGAAAUAAAUGACAAACAUUAAUUUUUCAUAUACCUGUGAAUGUAUUAACUUUGUUAAGAUCAGCAACUGGAUAUUUUGGACAGUUUGGUGUGUUUUUUCCCCCUCAGAAGGAAAAAUCUACCACAAAAAUUGUGAACUUCUAAUAACUGGGAUUUCUUUUUCAUGUUUUACACAUAAAUCUGAACUUUCCAUGUAUAUAUUUUAUUUCUUGUAAACAAAGAAGGAACCAAUAGCCAAUUUUGGAGUUUUGAGCCAUUGUUGAUGAACAAAGAGACAAAAAAAAGUUUUGUUUUUGUUUAUUUUACUCUGGGACUUCCUCUAUUUGAAUGUAAUUUUCAUAAGGAAAAUAAAAA